AUUUUAGCGUACAGAAAUCUUCAAUAAUUUCUAGUCUCUCACUCUCUCUCUCUCUAUAUAUAUAUAUAGAGAGAGAGAGCGUAUAGACAUGUCUUGUUGUUUUAUUUCUCUACUCUCCUCUCUCUCUCUCAAUGAUAUAAAUGGAAGGAGCAUCGGUGGUACGGAUUGAUAGGAAAUCUUCCAUAGAUAGCGAGCCAAGGACUCUGAGAAUGGAUCAAAUGCACUUUGCAAGGGAAGCAGCUUUAUAUAUUCUGAAAACUAGGCCUGUGGAAGAAGCCAUGAAUAUCUUCACUGAGGGUUUAGAACCGGUCACGGGUGUGGUGGGACUGAAAAAAGGCACACUAGAUAUGGAUCUAAGCGAGGAAUUUGCACAUUCAGAGCUAUCAAGAGACGUAGUCACAGCACCUUUCUAGCUUGGCCUCGCCGCUGUGUUUUUCAUUUUAAUCAGUUGUGUAUUAUGUACCUGUACAUCUCCUUUUUUUGGUAAAAGAAUACAGAUUCAAUUGGUCUUUUUUAUAA